UUAAUUUUUCACUUCCCACUCCGCUCGGCAGCUGUUCUUAACUCUCUUCUUCUACCAGUAUUCAUCGAACAACCAACCCUCUUCAUUACCUGCACAAUAACGCGCAUAAAGGUCCCUCCUUCCUCGGCCUCCAAAUCCCUUCCUCCAUAUUCUCACUUUUCUUGUUAUCAGCUCCCAGAUUCAAAGAAAAAGACUUCUUUCUCUGAUUAAGUUAUUUCUUGGCCUGAAAAAUGGCUGAGAACCCGGUUAAAUGGCUGUUUUUCUUUUUAACAAGCUUUUUAGUGUUCGGUACCGUCUUCUCUGUACAAACCCCUGCCACAAAGAAGACUUAUAUUGUUCACAUGGAUAAGUAUGCUAUGCCGGAUUCAUUUUCUGAUCACCUCCAGUGGUACUCUUCGAAGGUAAAUGCUGUCAUCUCUAAAACAGGGGAAGAUGGUGAAGCAGAGGAUGAAGACAGGAUCAUCUACAGCUACCAGACUGCCUUCCAUGGUGUUGCUGCUCAGUUGAGUGAAGAAGAAGCCGAAAGACUAGAGGAAGAAGAUGGUGUGAUGGCUAUAAUCCCAGAGACAAAAUACGAACUGCAUACCACGAGGAGUCCCAUGUUUCUUGGGCUGGAGCCAGUUGCGAGCAUCAAUGUCUGGUCUCAAAAAUUUGGAGACCAAGAUGUCGUAGUGGGCGUGCUCGAUACUGGGAUUUGGCCGGAGAGCGAGAGCUUCAACGACACCGGUAUGUCCCCCGUUCCUGCUCGCUGGAAAGGAGCGUGUGAAACAGGCAGAGCAUUCUAUAAGCAUCAUUGCAACAGAAAAAUUGUCGGUGCCAGAGUCUUCUAUAGAGGAUAUGAAUCGGCGACGGGAAAAAUCAAUGAGCAAACGGAGUAUAAGUCACCCAGAGACCAAGACGGCCAUGGAACGCAUACAGCGGCUACCGUUGCCGGCUCGCCUGUGCAUGGUGCUAAUCUUCUUGGGUAUGCGUAUGGAACAGCCAGAGGAAUGGCACCUGGUGCAAGAAUUGCAGCGUACAAGGUUUGCUGGGCUGGCGGUUGCUUCAGCUCAGACAUUCUGUCGGCGGUUGAUAGAGCUGUAGCUGAUGGAGUUAAUGUUUUAUCCAUCUCCUUAGGUGGCGGUGUAUCGUCUUACUAUCGUGACAGUUUGUCUAUAGCAGCUUAUGGGGCAAUGGAGAUGGGUGUUUUCGUCUCCUGUUCGGCUGGAAAUGGAGGGCCCAGUCCUGUCAGCCUCACGAAUGUGUCUCCAUGGAUCACAACAAUUGGUGCGAGCACCAUGGACAGAGACUUCCCGGCCAUGGUUAAACUGGGAACGAAAAGAACAAUAACAGGAGCUUCACUUUAUAAAGGGAGAAGAUCUGUGUCGUUGAAUAAGCAAUAUCCUCUGGUUUAUAUGGGUACCAACUCCAGCAAUUCCGAUCCGAGAUCGUUGUGUCUGGAGGGAACUUUGGAUCCACAUCUUGUUGCCGGAAAGAUUGUGAUCUGUGAUCGAGGGAUUAGUCCUCGAGUACAGAAGGGUCAGGUUGUCAAAAACGCAGGAGGGAUUGGGAUGAUUUUGUCAAACACAGCAUCAAAUGGAGAGGAGCUGGUUGCAGACUCCCAUCUUCUUCCAGCAGUUGCAGUGGGCGAGAAGGAAGGUAGAUCCAUCAAGCGUUAUGCUUUAACAAAUCGAAAUGCAACAGCGACUCUGGGUUUUCUAGGUACCAAAUUGGGAAUUAAGCCGUCACCAGUUGUAGCAGCAUUUUCAUCAAGAGGACCCAAUUUUCUCACGCUUGAGAUUAUGAAGCCUGAUUUAGUAGCACCAGGAGUCAACAUUCUCGCAGCUUGGACCGGCGACAUGAGCCCGUCAAGUCUACCGACGGAUCGACGCCGGACGAAAUUCAACAUCUUGUCUGGAACUUCCAUGGCCUGUCCUCAUGUGAGUGGCGUGGCCGCAUUGCUCAAGGCUCGCCACCCAGAAUGGAGCCCAGCAGCCAUUAAAUCUGCUCUGAUGACAACAGCUUAUGUCCACGACAACACGCAUCGUCCUCUGCUCGAUGCCUCAACAGCUUCUCCUUCAACUCCGUACGAUCAUGGCGCCGGACAUAUAAACCCAUUGAAAGCUUUAGACCCAGGUUUGAUUUACGACAUUGAAUCUCAAGAUUACUUCGAAUUCCUCUGUACCCAGAAAUUACCCCGUGGGCAGCUCAGAGUUUUUGGGAAGAACCCAAACAAAACUUGCAAAAACACUCUCGCCAAUGCCGGAGACUUAAAUUACCCAGCCAUCUCAGUCGUUUUCCCAGAAAAGCCCUCUGUUUCUUCUCUGACUCUCCACAGAACUGUCACGAACGUCGGCCUACCGGUUUCGAAUUACCACCUUGCAGUUUCAGAAUUCAAAGGUGUUUCCAUCAAAGUCGAGCCGGAGAUGCUGAAAUUCACCCGGAAAAACCAGAAACUCUCUUACAAGAUUACAUUCACCAGCAAAUAUCAGCAAACGGCGCCUGAAUUUGGAGGUCUGGUGUGGAAAGAUGGAGUACACAGUGUAAGAAGCCCAAUCAUAAUCACUUGGCUGCCAUCUCUAUAGAUCAUGCCGGUAGAUUUUUCAUUUCUUGGCAUGGAGAUCUUAUGGUUCAACAAUAAACAAGAUGUUUUGUUUUCAGCAAUGCAAAUUUUCAACUCUACUUCUUGCAAUGAUAUAUAACGGAAGCAUAGUUGCUGGAUUUAAAGA